UGUCACUGUUUAAAAUUAAAUAUUGUGACUUUAUAAAUGUAAAUGUUAAACUUAGAAUUUCCAGUCAAAUGAUUAAAUCAAGUGCAUUGAUUGAUAUGUGUUUGUUUGUGUCCCUGCAGAGUCAGAAUACUCGCCUCCGUCCAAGAAGUCUCGUCUGAUGUCAGAAUGUGAGACAAGAAUUCAGACGCACACAGGAGUGAAGAGAAAGCGUGAGGUCCAUCCUGAAACUGAGGAUCAGCAGAACUCUACAUCAAAGAGAACACGAGUUGAAACAGCUCACAAAGAGAGACCCGCCCCCUCCACCUGCUCAGCCAAUCACAGUGUUCCAAAGCAGACGUGCGCUGACACUCACACUGGGGUUGAAGCUGGUGCAGCAGAGUCCCAGAAGACGAAGUACGUUAAAAAGCCGGCCAAUGCCUUCAUGAUCUACAUGAGGGUGGAGAGACAGGGAGCUGUGGCACGAUACAAAGUGACAGACAGCGCCCAGGUGAACCAGCUUCUGGGAAAAGAGUGGAAAAAUCUGCCCAAUAAUGAAAAAGCCAAGUACUACAAAAUGGCAGAAGAAGAAAAAGCCCUCCACUCCCAGAUGAAUCCCAACUGGUCCUUCAAAGAUAACUACCGUAAAAGAGCGAAGAAACGUUCAUCCAACUGGGUGUAAAGAAGGUGGUUUUCUGUAAGUUGCUGGACCUCACUGAGGAUAUCAGAAGAACCUGCAGAGUGGUGGAGCCAGAUGACAUUUCUACAGAAAAAUCAAAGAUCCUUGACUGAAGA